AUGUCGUUGCUUGAGUUCUCAUUAGUUGGACACCGUAUUCGGAUUAUUUCUAAGGCGCAGAUUCGUUAUGAAGGGACGCUUUUCUCCAUUCGUAAAGAUGAGAACGAUGAUCUUGUUCUUGUUCUAUCCAAAGUUACGUCAUACGGUACGGAAGAUAGACCUUGUGAACAUCCAGUGAAACCGCUUAGCGAGGUCUACGAGCAUAUCGCCUUCCGCGGAAGGGAGUUAGUUGAUUUGCAGUUGCUGCCGUCCCCUCGCGUAGGUGACGAUCCCUCAAUCAUCAGUGCGGAGCUUGAGUCUAAUCCAUUACCGAAACAGAAACCUCUGGGGAGUGGUGAUGCUCCAAGUACAUCGAGCUUCUUUUCACAGCCGGAAAGUUCUACACUAUCGUCGUUUCCGAAUUUCAUGACACCCAAACCACCGGCUGAUCUGCUAUCUGAUAUUCCUACAACGCAUUGGGGUAAUCUGGAUACUUUGAGUGGUGGUGAAAAUGAUCGAGCCUCUGCUGCUGGUAUUGGCGCUAAUAUGACCCCGAAUAUUGAGGAGUCUGAUUCCAAAGAUGUUUCCAAAAAUGUUUCGAGUUCCAUUCGAAACGGUGAGGAGCGAAGAGAUUUUCAGAAUAGAUCACGCGGUCGUGGUUUUAGACCUAGUUAUUCGAAUUAUCAACGUUUUGGUGGGCGUAAUAACGGUAGUCAUGGAGAAAGUCGGCCCCGCGGAUCCUCCAACGCGAGUCAGCAUCCAGGUACCCGUCGCAAUUACAAUCAAAGGCAACGACAUUAUGAUCAUGCUAAUAAACCGCGUUCCGAAGAUUUGGACUUCAAAGAGGACUACGAUUUUGACAAGCCCAAUGCAGAACUGGCUGAGUUUCUUGAGAAAAUUGAGAUAGCUCCUCACAGCAAUACUGAAUCUGAACACGGUGAGGAAACAAACCUUGAGAAUGCUGACACCUAUGAUAGCAGCAAGUCUUUUUUUGACACCCUGAGUUCGGAGCUGAUGGAUAGAGCUCAUGGUGUUGUGAAAAGUCGGUCUCACCGAGAGGAUAGAAAGCAGAAUUUUGAUACCUUUGGUCCGGCUGCCAAUCGCGUUGGAGCAGCUUUCCGAGGUGGCUAUCGGGGUCGCAGGGCCGGUGGUGUUCAUUACCGGGGAAAUCAGCGCGGGGUUUACAAGUUUCCUAGUAAGCAAAUUCCAAUUCGCAAGGCUGAGGGCGAGGAUUCGGACAUCCCGAGGCAACCACAACAACAACAGCGUUAG